AUGUCUGCACAAACUGGUAGCGAGGACUUGUUUCCCGCUUUGGAAUCUCUAUCAAGAGUAAUUGCACCUCAUUUCAAGACCAUCAUCUUUAUUGCCCUCGUAUUUAACCAAACGCCGAUUUUCCCCGAUGUGCAAAGCCUGAUCAUAUCUCAAUUGUCCAACCCUCUUGUUCUUAUCGUUGCACUAUACUUCGGCGCCAUCUGGUCAUUGCCAAAUGGCCAAGAGAACAGUGAUAGCACUUGGUCUUCGCUGCUAGGGCCGUUUUAUGCUCUAAAGACCGUCUCUACUAGCGUUGGGACAUAUCUCAAAGUUGGCUCUGUGCUCGCUCUGGCUUACCAUCUAUCCGUAUACUACGACGUCUCCCUUCCUUUCGAGCCAUUGGAACAAUACCUGUUCAUCGCCAUCUCCGCUGUCGUAUCAAUCUUUGCGUACCUUUUUGCCCCCAUCAGUAAGAUCUAUGGGCCUCUUCGUUUCUGCUACCUUGAGCAUGCCCAAACAUACUGGCUUCUUCUCAACUGGUGGUCCCUCACAGCUGUUCUGCCUUUCUUCUCACCAGCAUUGCUUCCCAUUGUCGUUUUCGGUCUAAUUAGCGUCACCGUCGGUACAUGGGUACAUAUGUACUCUUCCUACCGCGAAAAGGUCCGCACCAUCACAUGGACCGUCUCCGAAAAUGCCGCUAGAGCCAAGGCGGCUGCCGAUGAAGCCCGUGACUAUGGUAUCAUGGCACGCAAGUAUGAAGAACAGAUGAUCAAUGCUGCUGGUGAGGCACGACGCGAUGCGGUACAGGCCAACACUGUUAAGAUUUCUGACUUUUACGACUGCGCUGCUCGAGCUUGGGCUGCUCUUGGAGAAGCUACUGCCCCAGCUGAGGACGCCAUCAUUAAAGCACGAAGGGUUAUUGAUUCAGCCGUCGCUUGCGAAGUCGCUGAGAAGCCGGAUGAUAAGAAGAAGGCUGAAAAUGAACGGCUAUCCACUUAUCUCAGACAGUCUGCCGAGAACGCCCACGAUAGAGCGAGGGAAAUGGUAGGCUUCCUCCGAGCGGCACAGGCUUCAGUCAGAGGAUCGGAAAAUGCGGCACGACAAGAUGCAGCAGCGCGCCACGCCGCCGAGUACACCGCAGAGAUGGCCUCUAAUACCGCAAAAUCCCUGAGUGAUACCGUGGCUGGGAUUCAGGAUGCUGAGCGUAGGGCAUCCUGGGCUGGUGGCGCGGCUUCGCGAAGGGCCGAAGAAGCAGUCUCAAUGGCUACCAAUGGAGAGAUUGAAGAGGCCAAGAAGGCUGUUGCUGCUUCCGAAGCUGCUUACCAAGUAGCUGAGGAGUCGGCCAAGGUGGUUCGCGAGGGAAUGGAUGUUGCCCAGAGAGUUAUGCAGGAGUGGCUUCAGAGUAGCAGGAAGGGUCUGUAG